AACAAUUCGUAUAUUUUUCGAUUCACAACAGUCUUGUCUCGUGUUUGCCAGUUUUGGGUUUUGGCUGAGUAAAAGUCGUGCGAAUGUCUUAUAUUAACUGUGAGGAGCAUUGUUUACGUCUACAGACAAUUGCCGUAUCUAAUCAAUCCCUCAAGUGUAUCACAUAAUCUAGCAUAUAUAAAAGGGAGCUCCUAGAAUAACACAUCAUUCUGACUCAAGGCUUUAAUGUGUAUACUCGGUUUAACAGCUUAUCCGGCAAAGAAAGUAUUUGACAUUGCUUUCCAAAGAUUUUCACUCUCUAGUGAUCAGUUAUUAGUUUCUCGAAUUUUCCGUUGCCUAACAAGUGGAGGUGCCUUAAGUGCCAGCCUUCGCAGUUCCAGUAGCAAUAGUGCCUUGAGCAAUUCAUGUCAAACAACAGUGAUACGCAAUAGUAGCAUAUUUAAACGCAGCUUCAACAAAAUGCUGAACCAUUUGCCUUAUUUUGCCAGCGGUGAAAUUGUACGCGGUUUCGGACGCGGCUCCAGUGAACUAGGCAUACCAACAGCGAAUUUUUCAUUGGAGGUGGUCAAAUCGCUACCAGCCGCAUUUUCGUUAGGCAUCUACUAUGGAUGGGCGAAUGUGGAUAAUGGUGAAGUCUAUAAAAUGGUAAUGAGCAUGGGCACAAAUCCUUACUAUGACAAUAAGGAGAAAAGUAUGGAAACCCAUAUUAUGCAUAAAUUUGAUGGAGAUUUGUAUGGCCGCCUACUUAAAGUUUGUAUCGUCGGCUAUCUGCGCCCAGAAUGUAAUUUCGAAUCGCUGGAGGCUCUAAUAAAUGCUAUACAAAAAGAUAUCAAAGACUGUAACAACUUGCUGGACAAGGAUGAGGAAAGUCGUCAAUUGCGGCAUUCGAAAUUUUUCAAAGCGAAUUGUAAUGACAGUCCGACAAAUUCCACGACAACGUAUUUGAAUGGUGAUAAUGCAAAGAAUGGCUCCUCCUAAUUCGCUUUAACACCUAAUUAAUAAUGUCAUUACUACCAUAAUGUACUUUAAAUAUGAUGUGAAUGUAGUAUUUAAACUUUUUUUUUUUUAAAUUUACCUCAGUCUGCAUGUUGUAAAUUGUUUAAUAUAGGAUGUAGUGCAAUUCUAUUACGUUAAAUUUUUAGUUUCGUUUUAAAAUUUAUAGCGCUAUUUGUUACUUAAAGCCUCGAAGAAAUACUUAAUAAAGAGGUAAUAGAAAUACCAAAAAAAGGUUACUUAAGACAUAUUUGCGUAUGUAUAUAAUGUAUAUUUUUUCGCGAUUGUGCAAAUUGUAAAAAACACUUAAAAAAUGAAGAUAUUUAUGAAAAA